GCAACGGGAGGAGCCGGGGUUUGUUCAGCAGGCAAACGAAGGAGGGUUAGUUCGAGUCCGUUCGUUUCGGGUAACGGAGGUUGUUUGGUUCAGUCGCUGAAUGCAGUGAAAAGUUUACGCAGCACAUCAGACAGUCGCUGUUUUCGUGAGCCGAGGAACAGUUGAGCAGACGGAUGAGCGGACAUUGUUUGUUUUUUCCUCAGGUGAGACUGGCAAUAGGUGUAGCCUAACGGUCACUGCAAAAAGUCCCUGCUCCUCUGUAAACAACAGAUUUGAGAUGAAGAUACCGGACGUCAUUCAAGCCCUCCUCUUGGUCCAAAGUAAGUAGCCAACUCAACUUGAAAUACUGCACUGUUAUUUUAUUAGCUUUUGGCCUACUAUAAUUUUGUCAAGCCUAUACACAUUGUGUUAAUUUUGGGUCAUUUGAUCUAGCCUAGUUUAGCCUAACACACAGCACAGUGAGUCUGAGCAGUUAUGCACUAUUUUAGCACUAGAUUUGUGUGCACGUGCACGCAUAGGUAUGGGGGUAUGGUUCCUGUUCCCAAACCAGCAAGGUAAGCUCAACAUUUCAAAGGCUGAAGUAGAUGGCACCUUUUCUCAUGCCCACAUAAUGUCAGAUGAGAGGUAGUCCUACCCUGUUAUUGUUUGGACAGAAAUUAUAUUCUAAAGAAAAACCAGCUGCUAGAACUAUGCUUCCAGAGACAGAACUAUGAACUGGGUGUUUGUGUGUGUUUGUCUCUGUCUGUCUGUCUGUCUGUCUGUCUGUCUGUCUGUCUGUCUGUCUGUCUGUCUGUUUCUCGGUCUGUCUUGUCGGUCUUUGCUUCUUUUCUCUGCUCCUAUCCAUUCUCUUACCAGAGGACUGUAAAGCAGUUGAGUGUUAUGGGAUGUGUGUUUGGAUACUGGUUGAUGACCAGUACAGACUCACUUACUGACUUACUGGAAUGGAAGCUGUUCAGACUAGAGCAUGCAACAGUCUCACAGUGUGUGUGUGUGUGUGUGUGUGUGUGUGUGUGUGUGUGUGUGUGUGUGCGCGUCUGUGUCUGUGUCUGUGCAUGCGUCUGUGCAGGUAUAUGUUUGAGUACUAUAUGUGCUUGACUAUGUAUCUAAUAUACAAUGUGCGUGUUUCUGUUAUUGGGUGUUUCUGUGGUCUGGAGUAACAAAGAGUAAAUUACAGUGUGUGUUUUAUAGGGUCUGUUUUUCCAGUGUGGUAAAGUAUCUUUGCUAAUGUGGUGUUAGUUGGUAGGGCUGAUUCCUCUACGCCUCUCUUAUUAAACACCUACUCUGAGCCCCAAGACAACACAGCUACGUAGGCUUACCCUACACCACUCUCUCCCACACCUCACCCACUCAUACUCACCCCCAUCACCUCAUCUCUCUCCCAUCAGGGCAAAAAGCUGCCACCUUAUGCCCUCCACUUAUCACUCCUCACUCUCUCUUUUGCCUUCUCUCUCCUUUAACCCUCUUUCCCAUCUCUACCCUAUUUCCUACCCUAUCUCUCUGCCCAUUUCUCUCUCUCCCUCCCUCCCUCUCUCUCUCUCGCUCUCUUUCUCUCUCUUUAUAGUACAGCUGUGCAGCAUUCUUACCUAUACUUAUUCUCUCUAAGUGUGAUUGGUGGGCCAAGGUGUGUGUUUGUGGAGCUCUGGACAGGAUGAGCUUAUCAGAGGCAAAGUCAUCUCAGGUCAGAUGGAGUGCUUGGACAGAAAUCAGAAAGGGAUGUCAUAAGUCAGUUGGAGCAGCAUCCUUUCUCAUAGAUUUGUCCUUAUAGGCACAUAUCUAGCAUCACUUUAAUACUCCCCAAAUCCCAACCAUAAACCCAUUAGGGAUGGAAUUGCAAAACUGACCUUGAAUCAGUGUGUAGCAGCCUCUUGCUCAUCCUCCAUUUUCCACUAGAAUGUGUUGCUCAACUAGACACUUCAUCCUGUUCAAAAGGGUUCCAAAUGGGUUCCUAUGAACACUUGAUCCAGGGUUUUUCCCGCACAGUGUGUCUAAUGGUUGAAGUUAUCCAGUGGCAGUGAAACAGUUUCAUGUUGAGUGAACUUUGGCUUUGGACUGGCUAUGUCACCAUGGGAUUUAAUGGGGUCUCUUUAGCUGGGAUGCUACUGCUGUAAUGUUACUGUGGCUUCUGUGGGUUUUUUCCUGAGUCUCCUGUGGUGUGUGUAUCUGAGUGUGUUUGUACAUACAUGUGUGUGUUUAACCAGAGUCCCCUGGUGUGUGUGUGUGUGAGUGACUAGGGUCUGUUUGUAAUUAGUAUAAUGACUCUCAUGUUUCUGUUACAGUCCCUGCGGCCUUCCUCUCCACUGCUGGUGAGUAGCCUCUUACUGAUUUACCAGAAUACUGUGUGUGCGUAUGUGCGUGUGUGUUGUGUGUGUAUGUAUGUAAAUAUUUAGUAUGAGUGCAACUUUAAUGUAAUGUAUUAGGUUUGAGUGUGUGUACAGUAUAAGUGUGUGUAUGUUAGAUAUGACCGUGUUUGUGAGUGUGUUUAUGUCAUGCAAAUAAGUCCAUGCUUAUCUCUCUUUCUUUCUUUCUUUCUUUCUUUCUUUCUUUCUUUCUUUCUUUCUUUCUUUCUUUCUUUCUUUCUUUCUUUCUUUCUUUCUUUCUUUCUUUCUUUUAGUGUUGGCCCAGUCCGACAGCAGCACUGUGGUGGUUGCGGGCUACAACGUGAGCGCCCCCACUGGCUCUAAGGUGGUACUGCAGUGUGUGAGCGGGCGCAUGGUGUGGACCAGGGACAGACUGAAGGACAGACAGAGGGUGGUUCACUGGGACUUGUACCGCCCAGGGCCAGACUACGCCAUGGAGAGGGUGGCAGACAUGUUCUCUGCUGGAGACCAGCGCAUCUAUAACGGACACAACCAGGGGAGGGUCAGCCUCAGCCAAUCAGCUUUCAACGAUGGAAACUUCUCCCUCGUCAUCAGAGGUGAGAGCUGUCUGUCUGUCUCUCUGUCUUUUUGUCUUAAUGUGACUUGAGGCCAUCUCUUUCUCUCCCUCUCUCCCUUUCUCUCUAGACAUUGCGAUAAGUGACAGAGGCCUAUACUCCUGUAACCUGCACCAUCACUACUGUCACCUGUAUGAGACGAUCAGAAUACAGGUCAACGUCACCAAGUCACGUAAGUUCUGUCUUAUCCCAAGUAGGGGAAAAUAGUAAUGAUAUGGUCGUAUUGUGGUCCUAACCUCUCUCAACAUGUGGUUGUAUUGUGAUCUAUCUGUGUGUGUUUCAGGUCGUAAGGAGCAGCGGUUCUGGGACGGUCAGAAAGCUGUGUUUGUGGUGUUGGUAGGCAGCACAGUGGUGUUGCCGUGUGUGAAUCGCCGCUCUGUGUGGACAGAAGAUGGCAGUGAGGAGGAACAGCAGGUGUGUGUGUGUGUGUGUGUGUGUGUGUGUGUGUGUUAUGAAUGCUUUUUCACAGUACUAGAAUGAGAUGAGGAAGAAUUAGACAGUGAUGUCAUUCAGGAGGAUUAUAUCUGGACAGGAAGAAAAAUGUAACUCCAAGUGAAUAGAACUGAAUGGAAGGAUUGGAACAGCUGGCUUCCUUUAUGACAUGAUCUCAAAUACUUCUCUAUCUUAGUCUUGUCAUGUAUACUUCCUGGGCACUUUUAUGACCUAAUAUCAAUCUUAACCCUCUAUCCCAUCUUAGGCAGUGCAUGCUUUCCCAGCAUUGCUUUCAUUAAUCAUGUAAUGACAGUCCAGUGAUUACUUCAAGGGUAAUUGGAAAGAAGGAUAUAUUUUUAAAGUUAUCAGGUUGCUGGUCUCUUUUACUAUAAUGUAUUGUCCAAUCCUUCUCUAUCUGGUCUUAGGUGGUGCAUUGGGACCGGCAGCCUCCGGGUGUUCGUCACGACCGUGCAGACCGCCUGAUAGACCUGUACGCCUCUGGGGAGCAGCGCAGCUACGGACCCCUGUUCCUCCAGAGGAAGAUGAAAAUCAGCGCUGAGGCCUUCUCACAGGGAGACUUCUCUCUGGCUAUCUCUGCCCUGCAGGUCCUCUAUACCACCAUCACGUGUCUGUCUGUCUGUGCACCACAUGUAACAACUGUGUAACGUCAUAGUAACUACAGUGGUACAGUGGUAAAACAGGGUUUUCUGACUGUAUGCAUCUGGCUGUCUGCCCCACAGCCAGGAGAUCAGGGUCUGUACACCUGUCACCUACAUCAUCACUACUGUGGUCUCCAUGAGAGAAGACAGUUUCAGCUCACCAUAGGACCACCUGAGCCUCGGGCUACUGUUGCCCCCAGAGCACUGCCCAACCAAGACAAGGGUGAGAUACUGCAUGUACAACUUACAACACACACACACACACACACACCACACACACACACACCACUAUACUGCACUCCAGUUGACCACUGUAGAAAUCGUGCAAGUGCAUAUGUACAACUUAGAGAGAAAUCCCAGCUGCUCUUUCAUUUGCUCUCCUCCCUCCCUAUCCCUUCUUCCCUAUCGUCCUCAAACAUCAUUGGCUUUUCCUUUUCUCCAAACAGCACAUUUUAAGAGGUGGGAGGGGAGGAGGAAGAGGGGGACGAAUAGAAGGAGAGUGGGAGUAUAGGAGGAGCAGGGAGAGAGGAAGGAGAGGAGGGGGGAGUAACCAGUCGUAGUUAGGGGAUUAUAUUUGUUUUAUGAGCAGCUCUUCCUGCCUUGUCAGCUAGUGUGGCGCCAGACCCCUAAACCACCCUCCUCCCUCUUCCUCACCCCCCAUACCCCUCCUUACCACACCUCCCCUCCUCACCCAUCUCUCCCAACCCAACCCAGCCUUCCAAAUCCUCCUUACCCUCAACCCACCCACGCCAGUCUCCCUAACCUACCCCCUCCUUACCCCUCUCCCCCAACCUAAACAGCCUUCCAAACCUCUCCCUCCUUACCCCCUCCUCCCCUCCUUACCCCUCCUCCCCCCUACUUACCCCUCAACCUUCCAAACCGCCCACUCCUUACCUCGCAACCCACCCACACCAGUCUCCCUAACUUCCUAAACCAACUCCACCACCCCACUCAGCAUUCAGCAAACCCCCCCCCCCCUCUCAAGAGGGAAAAUGUGGAGGGUGGAGUGUGUGUGUGCAUGUGACGGGAAAGGGAGGGGGGGGGGGGGGGGGGGGUAGUCUUAGGUUAGUUUUGAGGAUCUGGUUUUGUCUUCAGACAGUCCCUGUCCCAUUCCGCUCACUCUGCCACCAGACUCUCUCUCCCUCCCAGAUAGCUCAGCUAUGCUCUCUCCCCCUCUCUCCCCCUCUCUCCCUUUCUCUCCCCCCUCUCUCCCUUUCUCUCUAAUUCACAUUAUUACCUCUCUUUUUCUUUCUCCUCUUUUUCUUUGCUCCGUCCAUGAUCAGAAGAUAACUGUGUGUUUGCGUCUGGGAAUCAGCCAACCCACCAGGGCAAAUGGGGAGGGAGGGGGAGGGAGAGAGAGAGGGAGAGGGGGAGGGAGGGAGAGAUGGAGAGAGAGAGAGAGAGGUGCUAUUCUGAAGCCACUAAUGGGAGAAUGUGGGAAAGUCAUUGAGUGUGGUUGAGAAAUAUCUGUGUUCUCUGGAGCUAUGGGUGUUUGGGUGUGUGUGUUUUCUCUCAAUUCAAAGUUCCUCCAAUCUCAGUGGAAUAACAUGUUUAAAACUUAACUUAACUCUUAGCAAUUCCCAAACCCCCCACUACACUCCACCUCCCAUCCAUGACAGAACUCACACACACACACACACACACACACACACACACACACACACACACACACACACACACACACAUACACACACACACACACACACACAGAGCAGUAGAUGAUGUGUCUGUAGUACCCUCUGAUUCAGCCCAGGGUGUCUGGCUUGCUGUUGACUUUGGCCCAGACCGGACAUUCUAAAGGAGUUAGAGCAUUUUUCUCUCUCCCUCCCUCUCUCUCCCUCUAUCUCCCUCUAUCUCUCGCUAUCUCACUCUCUCUCCCUCUCUCUCUCUCUUUAUUGCUCUCUCAUUCCUUUGCUGUUUUUCUCCUCUCCCUAUCCUGAGGUCCCACAGGCACUUAUUUGAACUUGACUUUGCCUACAUCUAGAGUAUGUUUACCUCCAUCUCAUCAAAAUGUAUUCACUAUUACAAUCCUUUUUCUCUCUCUCCCUCAUGCUCUCUUCUGCCCCUCUGCCUUUCUCUCUCUCUCUUUUGUUGUUUAUUGACAGAAACAGGAAGUUCGCCUCAAAAGGGCAUUGGAUAGCAUGAAUAAAGGCAAAUCAUCUGGAUGGGACAGUAUUCCUCCAGAGGUCUAUCAUUUUGUUUUGAAAGAAUGAUGUCCACUGUUGCUCGAAAUAAUUAACACAGCUGUUCCCAAAGGUUGAUUUGGGAGAGAUGUGAACACAGCACUAAUUUCGCUUUAUUUAAAAAAGGUAAGGAUGCCACCAGUGUUCUCACUAUGGCCACCUAUCUUUGAUAAACACAGAUAUUAAACUUUUCCAAAAUGUUGUCGUCCCCUCUCGACACUUACCGAAACUUUAACAGAACGCUCAAAUCAAUUCAAUUUGACCUCAUUAGAUGGAAUAAAAUCCCAGUUGCUUUAACCAGCAGAAUAUCUAUUGUCAAAAUGAAUAUAUUGCCACAGCUGAAUUUCUGUCGUUCAAUGCUUCCCAUGGCUCCCCCUUCUGGCUAUUGGGAUAAAAUUCAUAGUGCGGUUUCAAACGUUAUAUGGCAAGGUAAACGAUCCCGGAUAAAAAUGAACAAACUUACAAAGAGGGAAAGACGUAGGAGGACUAUCCUUACCAAACUUUAAAUUGUAUUUCCAGGCACUAGCAUUUUGCCUCAUGAAUGUAAAUAUUCAAUGCUUUGCAUCUAUUAUGUUACUUAACGAUGAUAGCUCCUUGAAUCUCUCAAUCAAACAGAAACGAUUACUGCUGGCUAUAUAUAUAUAUAUAUAUAUAUAUAUAUAUAUAUAUACCUAUUUAAAUAUUUUUGACUUUCAGGCCCACGGGAAAGGGGUGGUAUGGGGAGGGUUUUCUCUGGUCGCUGGGAGGGGGGUGGCUGGUCUGGGGGGAGACUGACGAGCAACCCUAGUUGCUAGUGGGGUUGGAUGGAGCGAUGUUGACUGGGUGGGGUUGGGGGAAUGGGAUGGGAGGUUGGGGGUGGAGUUCCACUUCUUUUUUGUUUGCUUUUCCUGUUUCUAUUUAAUUUAUUAUUACUUAAACUCUGUAUGUAUUUCUUACAGUUUUUUUCCCCAACAAAAAAGGACAAAACAAAUAAAAAUUGGUCAUAAAUAAAUAAGAAACAGGAAAUUCACUUGAUGAGAGAGAGAGACAGAGAGAGAGAGAGAGAGACCCCAAGUAUGGGUAGCUGCAGCCCAAAAUGGCCAGUGGGUGUGUCGAACGGAGGUUGUUCGGUUUGUCUCCAUAGGGGAACUGUUUUUGGUGCUAGGUAGAACCCUUUGCAGAGGGUUCUACCUAGAACCCUUUAUGUAGGGUUCUUCAAAGAACCCUCUAUAAAUGGUUCUUCCAAGAACACUUUUAUCACCUAAAGGUUCUUCCUAGAACCCUCUAUGAAUGGUUCUACCAAGAAGCCUUUUUAUCUUUGAAGGGUUCUUCCUAGAACCCUCUAUGAACGGUUCCACCAGCCUUAUUAGCCUUUAAAUUAAACUCUUUAUGACAAUACAUUACAUACUGUAUAUCAAAAGGCCUUUCUUUGAGGGCCUAGUUAUACCCUAACACAGGGGUGUUAGGAAACUCCUGGUUUACAGGCCACAUCAGGCCUGCAAGUCACAUUAUGCACACUUGCAAAGUGAUGUGUAAUUUCUAUUGGAAUCCAGCCAGAGUGAGGAUAUCCAACAAUUAUAACUUUUAAUCACCCGCAACCUGCAUUCAGAAUGGGAAGAUAGAUAAAUGAGACUACUAAAACAGGGGUGUCAAACUCAUUCCAUGGAGGGCCUAGUGUCUGCUGGUUUUUGUUUUUUCAUUUCAAUUAAGACCUAGACAACCAGGUGAGGGGAGAUCCUUAGUAAUUAGUGACCUUAAUUCAUCAAUGAAGUACAAGGGAGGAGCGAAAACCCGCAGACCCUCGGCCCUCCGUGGAAUGAGUUUGACACGUGACCUAAACUGGAAGCCAAUAUCAGGGUGACAGUAAUAAUAAUAAUAAUAUGCCAUUUAGCAGACGCUUUUAUCCAAAGCGACUUACAGUCAUGCGUGCAUACAUUUUUGUGUAUGGGUGGUCCCGGGGAUCGAACCCACUACCUUGGCGUUACAAGCGCCGUGCUCUACCAGUUGAGCUACAGAGGACCACGACAGUCACAGUAAGCACACACAUAUACAACGCAUUCAGGCAACAGUACACCCAUCAUCAGUAAAAAAUAAACAAUCGUCAGUUUUAUAACUGAACAUUUACAAUUAUUUGUGUAAAACUAAAAUAAAAUACGACUCAAACUCAUCCUCUGGCUUCAAAAGAGAAGUCCAAACUCUCCCGGUACGGUAGUUGUUUGGUGAAAAGAACAAAACAAUACUAAUUCAAAACAGUCUAACCUAUAGCAGAACGCUUUCGACCCACUCCUUUCCUUUCGACACACCCACUCCUUUCCUUUCGACACACCCACUCCAGUCCUUUCCUUUUGACACAUCCACUCCUUUCCUUUCGACACAUCCACUCCUUUCCUUUCGACACAUCCACUCCUUUCCUUUCGACACACCCACUCCAGUCCUUUCCUUUUGACACAUCCACUCCUUUCCUUUCGACACACCCACUCCAGUCCUUUCCUUUCGACACAUCCACUCCUUUCCUUUCGACACACCCACUCCAGUCCUUUCCUUUUGACACAUCCACUCCUUUCCUUUCGACACAUCCACUCCUUUCCUUUCGACACAUCCACUCCUUUCCUUUCGACACAUCCACUCCUUUCCUUUCGACACACCCACUCCAGUCCUUUCCUUUCGACACACCCACUCCAGUCCUUUCCUUUCGACACACCCACUCCAGUCCUUUCCUUUCGACACACCCACUCCAGUUCUUUCCUUUCGACACAUCCACUCCUUUCCUUUCGACACAUCCACUCCUUUCCUUUCGACACACCCACUCCAGUCCUUUCCUUUCGACACACCCACUCCAGUCCUUUCCUUUCAACACACCCACUCCAGUCCUUUCCACACAUCCACUCCUUUCUUUUCCACACACCCACUCCAGUCCUUUCCUUUCGACACAUCCACUCCUUUCCUUUCGACACAUCCACUCCUUUCCUUUCGACACACCCACUCCAGUCCUUUCCUUUCAACACACCCACUCCAGUCCUUUCGACACAUCCACUCCUUUCCUUUCAACACACCCACUCGAACAUACUCCAGUCGCCAUAUUAGGCUGCAGCUACCCCCUUCCUCCCCCUCCCCCCCAUUUGGCCCACUUCUCAGUGUUGUUCAGGCAGAGAGGGUAAGGGUCUGAGGCCACGCGCACACACACACACAUGACGCAUGCGCACACACGCGCACACACACACACACACACACACACACACACACACACACACACACACACACACACACACAACGGUCUGAAAUCAGUCUACUGUGACAGACAUGCUUGAAGAGUUACAGUACAGAAAGCACUGAAUCCCCUUCUCCUUCUUUCCCUCCCUCCUUCCAUCUGUCCCUCCCUCCAUCCCUCUCUCUGUGUUUUACUGCCAGGAAAAAUAAAUCACAGUAUGACUUCAGGUCUGGAACUCAUUUAGGCUCAAACACACUGGGCAGCUGCUCCCCGGCUGCCUCUUGCCUUGCACAUUUUUUAUGAGCAUAAAGGAAACCAGCAGUUGUAGUGGCUCUACUUCUCAACACUCAGCAGAUCAGCACACAGCUAUUGUUAAUUUUCCAAUUGUUGUCCACUAUCAUGGAUUUUUUGUUUUGUUACAACAAGGCUUGGCACUGGUAGGGAUGAUAUCAUGGUGUUGGAGUUCCCAAUUGACAUGACAAAAGAGACAAAGACGCACAUAUAUACACACACAUACACACACACACACUGAAUAACUGUGAGAUUGACUUCUACUGGCUUUGCAGGGAAAGGGAAUCUAAAUGCCCUAGCCAAUGAUAUCACAGUCUGAUCUACUAGCGCUCCAUCCACGUUGCCACUAUAAACACACGCACACACGCACACACACACACACACACACACACACACACACACACACACACACACACACACACACACACACACAACGGUCUGAAAUCAAAUAUGUACAAAUACUCAAAAGCAAGUACAGAAGUACAGAAACUAUUUAUUUUUUUGACAUAUCCCUAAGCCUGAACAUAGCAAACAGGUCAGUUAUUGAUUUAUUACAUCUGUAAGCUAUAUUGUACAGCAGACUGUCCAAUGUAUUUAGCUGUUGUUGUUGUUCACUCGCUUUACCAGAGCAGCAUCAGUGAAGCUUCCAACAGUGACCAGAGUGCCCCACCUGGUGGUCAGAAUAUACUUUUAUCUUAGUCUGGGUGAAUUACAGACAGGGGGAGCCAUUGGUUAACGCUCCUCUCUCUGUUCCUCAGAGGCCAGCAAGGCUGAGGCGCCACGUGUCAUCAACGUCAUCCUGCCCGAUCAGCGACAUCAUUUCCUGCUGCCCCUGGGCUACAUCCUGACCACACUCCUCCUCCUGGCCUUCAUUGUCCUCAUCAUCAUCAUUGUCACCCGCCGACGCAAGACCAAAGGUCUGAGCUCCUCUACUAAGACCUGACUAACUAACUUUGGAUCUGUGUCUGUCUGUCAGCUUUCUCUCUCCCUCUCUCUCGCUCUGUCAGUGUGUCUUAGUCAGCCUGACUUCAUCUUUACUGUGUUUUUGUGUUUCAGCGGUGGAGUUUUACCCACAGACAUCUUUGAGGUGAGAAACUUGGAUGCACGCAUGCACACGCUCUCUCGCUCACUCACUGACUCACUCACUCCUCUCUCUGUGAUAGGUCAAACAGGGGUGAUAUGGCCACCAAUGAGUUUGAGAUGGAUGUUCCUGAAGUCAAGACGUGCAACCAGGAGGAGAAGAAACUAGGUGUGUGUGUGUGUGCCUGCCUGCGUGUGUGUGUGUGUGUGUGUGUGUGUAUAUAUAUAUUCACUCCACUCUCUCCUGUCUCUCAGACUACAAAAACAACCUGCUGAGGGAGAAGGUUCCGAUGUCCACCCUGCCCAAAGUCAUCGACCUGGACAAGGGUAACACACAUGCACACACACACACACUUAAACCCUCCAAGUCUCUCAUCCAUAUGAAGUAUGCAGGGCCGGCUCUAGACUUUUUUAUUUAAAAAAAACAAAAAAACAAUUUUUUUUAACACAUUCUGUGCAAUUCUACACAUUUUGCCAUGGGGCAGAUAAUUAUUUUUGCAGUUUGAAAGCUAAUUUCCUGCAAUUCUAUACAUUUUUCCAUGACUUAUGCCAUGUUCAUGACAUCUGACUGAGUGUGACUAACAAGAUCAAUGGGGGCCCCCUGGAGGUCAGGGCCCCUGGGCAUGUGCCCUGCGUGCCCGCUCGGUAUUCGGCCAUGAUUACUACAAGUUUAGAUUACUGGUUAGACUAACUUACCAAUAAAAAAUGUUUUGUUAGCUGACAUGGCUAAUUGAGUGGCUGUCAGUGACUUGAUACACACCAGAAACUUUUGAGCGUGAAAAAACCAGCAGCGUUGCAGUUCUUGACACAAACCGGUGUGCCUGGCACCUACUGCCAUACCCUGUUCAAAGGCACUUAAAUAUUUUGUCUUGCCCAUUCACCCUCUGAAUGGCACACAAUCCAUGUCUCAAUUGUCUCAAGGCUUAAAAAUCCUUAUUUAACCCGUCUCCUCCUCUACAUCUAAACAAAUUUGAAGUGGAUUUAACAAGUGACAUCAAUAAGGGAUCAUAGCUUUCACCUGGAUUCACCUGGUCAGUCUGUCAUGGAAAGAGCAGGUGUUCUUAAUGUUUUGUACACUCUGUACAAAACAUUACAUUAAAUGUACUUUUACAAAUUUAAUAAAUACACUACCGGUCAAAAGUUUUAGAACACCUACUCAUUCAAGGGUUUUUCUUUAUUUUUUUACUAUUUUCUACAUUGUAGAAUAAUAGUGAAGACAUCAAAACUAUGAAAUAACACAUGGAAUCAUGUAGUAACCAAAAAAGUGUUAAACAAAUCAAAAUAUAUUUUAUAUUUGAGAUUCUUCAAAUAGCCACCCUUUGCCUUGAUGACAGCUUUGCACACUCUAGGCAUUCUCUCAACCAGCAUCAUGAGGUAGUCACCUGGAAUGCAAUUCAAUUAACAGGUGUGCCUUGUUAAAAGUUAAUUUGUGGAAUUUCUUUCCUUCUUAAUGCAUUUGAGCCAAUCAGUUCUGUUGUGACAAGGUAGGGAGGGUAUACAGAACAUAGCCCUAUUUGGUAAAAAACCAAGUCCAUAUUAUGGCAAGAACCGGUCAAAUAAGCAAAGAGAAACGACAGUCCAUCAUUACUUUAAGACAUGAAGGUCAGUCAAUCUGGAGCGUUUCAAGAACUUUGAAAGUUUCUUCAAGUGCAGUCGCAAAAACCAUCAAGCGCUAUGAUGAAACUGGCUCUCAUGAGGACCGCCACAGGAAUGGAAGACCCAGAGUUACCUCUGCUGCAGAGGAUAAGUUCAUUACCAGCCUCAGAAAUUGCAGCGCAAAUAAAUGCUUCACGGAGUUCAAGUAACAGACAUAUCUCAACAUCAACUGUUCAGAGGGGACUGUGUGAAUCAGGCCUUCAUGGUCGAAAUGCUGCAAAGAAACCACUAAUAAAGGACACCAAUAAGAAGAAGAGACUUGCUUGGGCCAAGAAACACGAGCAAUGGACAUUAGACCGGUGGAAAUGUGGAAAUGUUGGGUUCCAACCGCCGUGUCUUUGAGACGCGGUGUGGGUGAACGGAUGAUAUCCGCAUGUGUAUUUCCCAUCGUAAAGCAUGGAGGAGGAGGUGUUAUGGUGUGGGGGUGCUUUGCUGGUGACACUGUCUGUGAUUUAUUUAGAAUUCAAGGCACAUUUAACCAGCAUGGCUACCACCGCAUUCUGCAGCGAUACGCCAUCCCAUCUGGUUUGGGCUUAGAAGGGACUAUCAUUUGUUUUUCAACAGGACAAUGACCCAACACACCUCCAGGCUGUGUAAGGGCUAUUUUACCAAGAAGGAGAGUGAUGGAGUGCUGCAUCAGAUGACUUGGCCUCCACCAUCCCCUGACCUCAACCCAAUUGAGAGGGUUUGAGAUGAGUCGGACCACAGAGUGAAGGAAAAGCAGCCAACAAGUGCUCAGCAUACGUGGGAACUCCUUCAAGACUGUUGGAAAAGCAUUCCAGGUGAAGCUGGUUGAGAGAAUGCCAAGAGUGGGCAAAGCUGUCAUCAAGGCAAAGGGUGGCUAUUUGAAGAAUCUCAAAUAUAAAAUAUAUUUUGAUUUGUUUAACACUUUUUUUGUUUACUACAUGAUUCCUUAUGUGUUAUUUCAUAAUUUUGAUGUCUUCACUAUUAUUCUACAAUGUAGAAAAUAGUACAAAUAAAGAAAAACCCUUGAAGGUGUUCUAAAACUUUUGACCAGUGUAUAUUUAUUUAUGUAUUUAUUAUUAUAAUUAUUAUAAUUAUUAUAAUUAUUAUAAUUAUUAUUAUUAUAUAUGCAAACUUCAUUACAAUAAUCUCGCUCUCUCUCUUUCAGAGAUGGAGAAGGUGUAUUGGAAAUGAGAGGAGUCAGCUUGCCGCUGGCUGGUCCAGAGGCAGACACUACAGACACAGGCUGCAUUCCAAACCAACCCCUAGGCCCUCUGCUGCUGGUGUGCUGUAGGGAUGUCCACUCUACUCCACUAGUCCCACCUCUACAUUCCACCUCCAGCCUCUCACCCAGGACCCAUAACACAGUCAGACCCUUCACUCACAUCUGAUAACCACAAUGUGAUUGUAAAGCUUACCGUAUGCUUCCUAGUCGAAACAGUUUGCGCAUAUAUUAUGACAAAAUAUUGUGACGUUUUUGUUCAUACACACAAAACAUUUUCUUGAGGCAAGUCGAAGUUCGGUAGCCGAAGUCUACACCCUUUUUGUCAGUGAUUGUUCAACUGUACUACUCCUAGUAGGAGUGGGAACUAUGGAAGGGAUUCUUCAAUGAAGUGUUUGUUGUCAUUCAACGAGAGACAACUAGUUUUCAUGCAAAUUUUUUCACUUGAGAAAUACUGCACCAAACA